UCAUAGUUUUGGAAGUGAAUUUUCUUUUGGAUCGAUUUCCACUUCAAAAUAGUGUUAUUCUUGUGAUGACAAUGUGCUCACAUGGUCAUCCGUUCAUUGUAUAAUUUGAAAGACUUGCUAUAAUUAUGUUCUUACUGUUGUAUUCAGUCAUAGACUCUUGCUCACAUUAUAGGCAACUGGUAAUUCUAGACAGAAAAUAUCGAGCAAACAAUAACUGCAGUGACACUUUUUGAGGACGUCUUGUUUGAUGAUGUUACAUCCUAGCUCACAUGACAUUGGUCGCACCUUUUUUCUAUUGUACACACACACAAAUACCCGGGAAAACAAGUUUCGAUAUAGUGCAAUUGUAAACUAUAGCGGCACGAUCUUUGAUAUUGCUCGUCUUUAUUAUAAAAAUGUAUACUUGAACAAUAUUAUUGUUUUGAAAUAAGGAAGUAAGGACCCUUUAUUUUUCUGUGGUUUCAUUGGCUAUAUCCUUUACCUAUACGUCAUACUUUCGUUUUACAUGUAAUUGUACUUAUUGGUUCUUAUUGGUAAUAAACCAGACAAACUUCCGGGAAACUUGCCCGUGAUCUUGGCGGUCUGUAUUUAAGCAGCCGCGAUUAAGCGACUGACUCCAUACCAUAGAUUGACCAACAACUUCAAGCAAUCCAGAUACAUGUAUCCUGAUAUUGCUGUUCGUUUGUUGAAACAUUCAGUUCUAGAAAGUUGGUUUAAAGUUAAGCGGUUCUGUCUGGACAAUAAAGAUUUAUAAGUGAUUUUUCUCAUAAGCACAAGGAUACCAAACUAAACUCAUGGAUAUCAACGACUCGGAGAAAAUAUCAAACUCUACGGCAGUUUCAUGGACGGUCAACACAACAAUGACCACAAUGGCCAGCCUGUCUCUUCACAGCUAUCCUGAAAGAGUCGUUGCAGGCUUUCUCUUCCUACUGAUCGCGGUCAUCAACAUUACCGGUAACAGCAUGGUCAUUCUUGCUGUCAUCUUCAGCAAGAAACUCCGAACAUCAACAAAUGUCUUCGUGGUAAGCCUCAGCUCUGCAGACCUGUUAGCAGGACUGGCAAUGCCAAUAAGUGCAGUUGCUUUACUCACCCCUGGCAACAGCUGGCCGGGGUCGACGGAAGCUCCUUGUUACAUCGCAGGUUUGCUCUUGUACACAAGUUCUAGUGCCAGUCUUUUCAACCUCGCUUCAAUCGCUCUCAAUAGGUUGAUUCUUAUCAAGAGCCCAAUGAAAUGGUACCGUAUUCUUUACACCAAAUGCAACCUCGUUAUCAAUGUCGUUGUCAUAUGGAUUGUCGCCAUUGCCAUCAUGACGGUCCCUCCACUUUUAGAAAUUGGCAGCUUUGGCUACGACAAGCAGCACCAUACAUGUAGCGACCUCGACACCCACCUGAAGGCCAAGACGUUUGAAAGGAUUCAAACUUUUGCCUCCUACCCCAUCCCAUUUAUCAUCAUCAUCACCAGUUACAUCAUCAUCUUCGUUCACGUCCGUCGUCACUUCAAGAAGCAGAUAAGUAACGAAACCAACGUCACUAACCCAGGCACAGGCUCUUCCAGUUCUGGGGUCAAUCCGACCUUCCAGACGUCAGACAGCACUGCCGUCUUGCGUGCCGGUCGCCUGGAUCGCCUCAAUCGACAACAACUCGAGAUCACCAAAAAUCUCUUUAUGGCAGUUUGUGCUUUCUUCAUCUGCAUAACCCCUUACAGCGUGGCCCUCUUCAUUCCGAACAACGACCGUUUCCUGUUGUUUGGAGGUGUGGUCUUCUUGUGCAACAGCUGCGUCAACCCAAUUAUAUACGCAGCAAAGCACCCACAGUUUAAGAAGGUUCUGCGUCUAAUGCUGCGAUGCAAACAUUCAGAGAUAGAAGAGCCGUCGGAUGCCUUGAAAAAACUGACGGCUUGUUGCAAAUAAAUCAAGAGACCAAACUUUUAUCUGAAAAUGUUUUUGUUACAUUAUUCAAGAUAACCACAUGAGGUUGGACGAAACAUUCAUAGUUUGGUGCCGCUUCAACAUGAUGAGACUUUGUUUGAAGCAUAUACGGAUUUAUUUUAACAUAUAAGUAUACAUAUUUUAUAAUCUGUUUUCCCAAUACGUUCGAGAUCGUUGACAACAAAAAAAGAGAAGAGGCAAUUCACUCGGGUGGAUUCGAGUUGUCAUAAUGCCCUUUACAUAAUGGCUAAAAGCGCGCAAUUAUACACAGAAUGGAAGAAAAAUGGUGAACAGAAAACUAGCCAAGCUUCUUGUUUCAGGCCAGUGCCAAGACGUGUUCUGUAUGGAGUACUUUUAGUAAACAAUGUAUUAUGGAUGCGGUUGUUUGAUUACCAUGUUAUUAACAGAAUUAUCAUAACUAAACUUCAGAUCUCCUAGUUGUUUCAUGCCAAUGGACAUACCAACAUGGGCAUACAUCCGUUCUGUAUUACGGAGUUCUAGUAAACAAUGUACAGAUUAUAAAUACUUUGUUGUUUGAUUAUGAGUGGUUAGUUACAGAUCAUGUUAUGUUAUUAUUCAGAAUUAUCAUAUGAAUACAUUUAAUCAGAUAUUCUUGUGUCUUUUUAAUGCAGGGUAACGGUUUUGUUUAUUUUGUUACAUAGCCUACUAUUGCCUUUAAAUAUGAAUGCAUUCUCUUUUGUUUUAAGCUCUGUGAAUUUUUUUGGCAGCUAUUUACUGUCUCCAUGAAUUAGGGGGCCUACAGGUGUAAUUCAAUUAUGGAACUCUCAUAAGGAAGUAACUUCAUCUGCUGCAUUACUGUUUUGAUUUUUGAUUUAUUUAUUGUUAAGUUAUUAAAAAAACAUCUGAAGUUGGCAAGCUAUAGCUCUAUGAUUAUACGCACGAUCCUUUAUUUUUUCAACCCCAUCCGGGUUCGGGAAACAGUUUCAUAAUGUUCGCGUUCCGACAUCCAUUGACUAUGAGGCUCCCAUUUCAAACAAGAGUGAAACUUAAGGGGUGCAGUAGGGCAAAUUUCAAAAAGACUUAUAAUUCUUUGUUUCCAUAUCUAUGUUCUUGUCCUUUAUUUUCCGACAUAAGUACAUUUUAAAUUGUUCGGGUCAAAACUGUCACCAUAGAUAUGUCAGCUCCCAAAAAGCUCUUCUAGCAAGAUGUAAAUAAAAGUGUGCAUUUUAAAUUGCCCCCCCCCCCCCCCAAAA